AUGGCCCAAAAUCCUUACCUUCUGGCCUGCGACAACCCAACGGCCCUGCUGGCCCUGCUGCGAUCCAACCCCUCGAUCGCAUCCAGCCAAGAUGAGUCUGGAUACUCACUGCUGCACGCCGCAGCCUCCUACGGUCAUAUCGACCUCCUACGUGCUCUAGUCAAAGAAUUCAACGUCGAUGUCAACCUCCUUGAUGAAGAUAACGAGACAUGUCUAUUUGUGGUCGAGGACAGCGACAUUGCGCGCUGCCUAGUCGAGGAACUGGGUGUGGAUGCCAAUAAGAAGAACACCGAAGAUUUUACAGCCGUGGAAAAGUUCGAGACCGAGAAUGAGUUCCCGCAGGUCGCCGCCUACCUCCGCGAAGUUGUUGGGGGUGCUCCUACUCCAACACAUGCUCAAGCUGCCGAAGUUCUGAACUCUCCUGGACCUAUCCCUGGCAGCGAUAUGAGAGUCAACAUUGGUACAAUGACGGAGGAGGAGGCUACUGCUGGUGGUGAACCUGAUCCAGAAUUCAAGAGGCGCAUUGAGGAGCUUGCUACCCGUGAGGAUUAUUACAGCGAGGAGGUGCAAAAUGAGGUGCGCGAGUUGGUCAAGGAUGCCAUGGCCGGGUCAAACAUUGAAGCUAUGGAGCGGGAAAUUCGGAGGAGAACCGAGUAA